GAUCCAUGAUGACCUUACAAGAACUGUAGAUCUUUGUCGAAAGGCUGAGGCAACAGGAGUUUCUUGGAUUACAGUCCAUGGAAGAACUGCUGAAGAAAGACAUCAGCCCGUUCACUAUGAGGCCAUUAAAAUAAUUAAGGAAAACAUGUCUAUACCUGUAAUUGCUAACGGAGACAUCAGAAACUUAAAAGAAGCAAAAAAUGUGUGGCAUAUUACUGGGACAGAUGGUGUGAUGGUUGCAAGAGGACUCUUAGCAAACCCGGCCAUGUUUGCUGGAUAUGAGGAAACCCCACUGAAGUGCAUCUGGGACUGGGUUGACAUUGCUCUUGAACUUGGAACUCCGUAUAUGUGUUUCCAUCAACAUUUAAUGUACAUGAUGGAAAAGAUAACUUCAAGACAGGAAAAAAGAAUAUUUAACGCUUUGUCAAGCACAUCAGCAGUCUUAGACUACCUUACAGACCAUUAUGGGAUUCAAAAUAAUGUUUUCUCUUUUUCUCUAAUAGAUGCUGUGAGAGAAGUAAGGAAGUAUUCCUCUACACCUGCCAUUGAAAAAGGCUUAACCAGCAGACCUGGAGCCUAUGAACAUGCACAGAUGAAACUUUUUAGGUCUCAAAGAAAUCUUUACAUUUCUGGAUUUUCAUUAUUUUUUUGGCUAGUGUUGAGACGUCUGGUUAUCCUUAUUACGCAGCUGGCUAAAGAACUGUCAAACAAAGGAGUACUUAAAACUCAAGCAGAAAAUACUAAUGAGGCUGCCAAAAAAUUCAUGGAAGAGAAUGAAAGACUAAAACGGCUCUUGAAAAGCUAUGCCAAGGAAGAGGAACACAUUUUGGAAGCAGAAAAUAAAAAAUUAGUAGAAGACCAGGAAAAACUGAAAACUGAAUUAAAGAAGACUUCAGAUGCCCUCUCUAAGGCACAGAAUGAUGUGAUGACAAUGAGAAUGCAAUCAGAGCAUCUUUCAAAAGAAUAUGACCGACUCCUGAAAGAACACGCAGAACUUCAGGUCCUGAAAUUGCUGACUUCACCAUGGCCUGAUGAGAAUUACUCCAGAGCAUGCUUCAAGAUCCGCCAUGAAUUGUUCAGGGAAAGACAGUAAGAAGGGCCUGUGAACUUUGAAAGAAGAUUGUGUGACACCAUGUGAAGAUCAGUUUGUUAUCAUGUUAGCCUCUAGAACAUUUAAAAUUCAGUUCGGAAAAAGGUACUAUUUACAACCAGCCAAUAAUAUUUUUAAUGACACAUCCAGGCUGUUAUCAUAACAGCAUGGUAACAAUAUUUGAUGAUAUUUCAGAUCUAUUAUAAAGUCUGUAUUCCAGCUUUCAUGUAAAAUGUAAGCAUGAUAAGCAUGCUAUUGAGAUAUCUCAAUUGAGAGUAACACUGGUGUAUGGUUGCUGUUUACCAAUAAAAGGACAAAUUUAUAACCAGUUACUUCCAAAACUAGAUUUUUAAGUUGAUGAAACCAUUAAUAGCCUUAAAAGCUUUGAUGAGUUUUCAGUAAUGAUAAUAACCUAUUUAAUGAGAUGAUGAUAAUGCUGAUAUAUUUGAAAAUAGUAUUCAGUAUCAGCAAAUUUGUUCAUAGGGAGAUUAAAUAAGGUUAAAUGAUCAGAAUUAACCACUGUAUGUAUAGGGAAGGGUCAUAAUGAGCAAAAAAUAAAAACAGUGACCUUAGUUGUUUUUCAUAAGCCUGAUGAUACUAGUUUACUCUUAUAAGACAGCUAUAUUGAUAAUUAUAUUUUUGUUACUGUGCUUCUAUAUCUGUUGGACUGUUUUUGUUGACAUUUGUGUUAAUAAUACAUAAUUAGUAGGUGUUACACCUUUUUGAGGUUCCUCUGGUAUUGAAGUUUACAUCUAUUUGUAUAACUGCCAUACACUGAACUUAAAAUUAUUUUACAACAAUGUGGAAUUCUUGACUUAGAAAGCUAAUGUACAACAUAUGCAAAGAGCAAUGUUUCCCAUCGCCAUGAGAGUUACUAAUUAUACAAAUAUUACCUCAAAUAUACAUACAGUGGGGUCACGGUUUCUCUGAGGUGUAUCUGUAUUCUGAAAACUAAAUCUUAAAUGCUAUUUUUUCAUUCAUAUUCCUUUAGAAUCUCCUCUAGAACAUGAUAGUGAUUGUAAUAGUAUUAAUAUGAUUUAGGUUGUUCCAGUGUUUAGACAUGAAAGUCAUCUUCCUUGUCUCAUAAAGACCUAAAUAUAAACAAAAAUGGAAAAUAAUGACCAGAGUUUUUACUUUCCCAGUA